GCCUAUGCUUACGAUGCUUACGUAAAUGUGCACAUGCGCAGUGUUGACCCUUAAGCGGUCCUUUUUUAUGCUUAGCGUGGAACGACUAGCAUCAAACGAGUCAAGAUGCAGCUAUUCUUACGUACCCAGAACACUCACACCCUUGAGGUGACCGGACAGGAGACUGUUGGCCAGAUCAAGGCCCAUGUCCAGGAUUUGGAGGGACUCUUGGUUGAAGACCAGGUGCUGCUGCUUGCUGGAUGCCCACUGGAGGAUGAUGCCUCUCUGGCAUCUUGUGGUGUGUCAGAGCACUGUACCUUGGAGGUAGCUGGCAGGCUCCUGGGAGGCAAGGUGCACGGCUCUCUGGCCCGAGCUGGAAAAGUGAGGGGACAGACUCCCAAGGUUGACAAACAGGAGAAGAAGAAAAAGAAGACUGGCCGUGCCAAGCGUCGCAUCCAGUACAACAGGCGUUUUGUGAAUGUUGUGCCCACCUUCGGAAAGAAGAAGGGACCCAAUGCCAACUCCUAAGUACUUUGAUGCCUGAAAGGAGAAACUGAACCAUCAGUUGUCAGUUUUUACCAAGUUAAAUGCUUUCCUGUACAGAAUAAAGAAAAUUUAACUUGGA